GAUGUUGUCAUAUGUUUCUCAUUGUCAUAGAUGAUAGGACUAGUGAGCUCACUAGAGCAUAUUUGAAACCAUCAUAAUGAAGUGUAAUGAAGCCUGAAUGGUUCAAAUUUUUUUAGAUUGAAGCUGGCAUCAAAAUUGAUCACAUACGUUUGGCGAUCUGUCUUUCAAAUCAAGAACUAUGAGACUCUUGUGACUUCAUGGCAUCAGUACAAUGCAAUCAAAUUACUCAAUCGAAUCAAUUUCCAGGAACCCUGAGUAAAUAUUUACUCCAAACGUCGAUUAUCUUGAUGGAUAUGGUUGAAGCGAGUAAAAUAAAAAUUGUUACAGGCUCGGUCAACACGGAUCUUAGCCCGAGGAUGAUGUCGUUGCAAAAAAAUCCUAUGAGGGAAACAUCUUGAUAAGGCUACAAUAAGGUCGGCUUACAAAAGUGGUUUUAGUUGUACGUAAUCUGUGGAAGAAAAGU